AAACAGCCAACUGAGCUGAAUGUACAGCUCCUGUUACCCCAUGAAGACAAAGGCCCCUCAGUGGAAGGAGUGACUCCAGCAUGAAGCUCCCCUCCUACGUUCUACAAAGCCCAUGGGGUUCCCAGGACCCAAGGCCUCUCUGCUGGUGACCAUAAGUCACUGUCACCAAGGCUACUAUUUUCUGAGCCCCUACUCUGAGGAGGCAUUUUACACAUGUUUUCUCUAUUUGAGGCACAAUCCCUACUAGGUGGGGGUAGAUAUGGCCCCAUCUUACAGAUAUGGAGACUAAGACCAGAGAAGUGGAGUCUCCUGCCCAAGGCCACCCAGCUAAGGAGUGGUGAAGCCCCCUUCUCAGCCUGGCCUGCCCAGCCCUAGAUGUUGACCUCCAAGGACCAUCCAGAGGCCCUGGUGGACGAUACUGAGGAUGUGUCCUUGGACUUCGGCAACGAGGAGGAGCUGGCCUUUCGGAAAGCCAAGAUCAGGCAUCCCUUGGCCACCUUUUUCCACCUGUUUUUCCGAGUGAGUGCCAUCGUCACCUACGUGUGCUGUGACUGGUUCAGCAGAAGCUUUGUGGGCUGUUUUGUCACUGUGCUCCUCCUUCUGUCCUUUGACUUCUGGUCUGUGAAGAAUGUAACUGGAAGGCUCAUGGUGGGCCUCCGCUGGUGGAACCAGAUAGAUGAAGAUGGGAAAAGCCACUGGAUUUUUGAAGCCAGAAAGGUCUCUCCGAAUAAUAUUGCUGCCACAGAAGCUGAAGCCCGAAUCUUCUGGCUUGGCCUCAUUAUUUGCCCGAUGAUUUGGAUUGUGUUCUUUUUUAGCACCUUAUUUUCCUUGAAGCUAAAGUGGCUGGCGCUUGUGAUAGCUGGGAUUUCUCUCCAGGCCGCUAACCUAUAUGGCUACAUCCUUUGUAAGAUGGGAGGCGAGAGUGACAUCAGCAAAGUCACAGCCGGCUUUCUGUCCCAGGCAGUGUUCCAGACGGCCUGCCCAAGUGACUUUCGGAAGCCUGGCCUGGAGGGGCUGGAGAUCCACAAGUGCUAGACUUGUCUUCAGAGGCGGCAGUAACCGACGUGAGAGGGUCUGUAAUCAAACAAGCCUGCAGCAGAGAAGAAUUCCACGACCAACAAACUGUUGGAUUUUCAGUGAAGCAGGCCUUGGGAAAGGGUUGAGGAGAUGUUUUUAUUUUUUAAAUGGCACAUUUGUAAAGAAUGCCCUUUACAUAUGUUCUAAACAAAACUGUACAAAUAUUAGAUGAUUAAAGUGUCUCUGCAAAAGUGACUUCACCCC